ACUCAACAAGAUAUUGCUGUCGGUGAGAAACCUCACCCUAAUAAUCUGACUAACAUCGCCCAGGUAAAGUUAAAAAGGGAUGGGAGAACCGCAUCAGUUCCAUUCGAAACAACAGAAGAACAAGAAACAAAUGCACCUGGUAUAGGGACUCGGAAUGCCAAGGAGAAUCCUACAGCGAUCAGUACGCCGCCAACUUAUUGGAUGGAAAUGGCCGGUUUAACGAUACCGUCCGCAGCUACUCGUGCAACUUGA